UGCCAUGUGACGGGCUCGACGAAAGCCUCCCGUUUCUCUUCCGGCUUUUUUCGCUUCCUGUUUGGGGACUCUUCCGCUCCAGGCUACUUCCGGUCACGGGGUGAAAAGUCAGUCGGAGGUUGAUGAAGGAAGAUGACGGCAAGAAGGGUCCGCGGGAUGCCGGCGGGGAAAACAGCUGCUGUGGCCGCCACUUCGGAAGAAGAAGAAGAAAGCGACGAUGCCCCAGAGGAGGUGACCUUUGAAAGCGCGCGAGUCGCGGCCGAGGAUGCGCGACGGUUGGCUGGGGAGCGCGCGCGCAGAGAAAAAGCUAUCUUGAAAGAAAAGAGACGACACAGAGAAGAACUAUUUAAGGAACAAAAGAAAAGAAAGUUGCUUCCUGAAAAUGUGUUAGAAGAGUUGGCAUCAUCAACAAAGAAUAGUUAUUAUUUCCUUAGUGAAAACAAGCCAUCUGACACACCAGAGCAAGAUCAAGAUGUUCAGUCUGAAAGUGAAAAUGAGAGAGCAGAACAUACAGUGGAAGACAGUGAAGAGGAAAUAUUGGGAACCAAACUCCAGGAAAGCUAUCGGGCUGUGCGGUUAAAAGAUCAGGACUUAAACAGGCAGCAGCAAGCAGCAAAAGAGUUUGUACAAAGGCACCUCUAUGGAGCAGGCAGCAACCGAACAACUGCAAAUGAGUUUUUUUCUGUUGGAAACAAGAAGCGAGCAGUUAAAAAAGCUGCAUUCCAGUUUGUGAAUAGUUCUUGGGGUAAAAUGAAAAAACAAAAAGCAAGACAGUUUACAAAGUGGUAGAUCUCUUCAAAAAAGGCAACCACCUGAAGAGUAACUUGGCUACAUUUUGACCAGUGCCAGAAAACUGACCAAGAUAAAACGGCUUCUAACUUUACAUUGCACAAAUCUGUAUUCAAGUUCCCCCCCCACCCCUUCAGAAAUAAAGAAUUGUUACAUUGA